AUGUUCAAAUACAAUGUGUCCAAAGUAAACGAAUUGACGCUCACACUACUCAUACAUACUAACUUCCCACUACAACCCAACCCCAAGCAGUCAGGCGCUGCCAAGGUCCAGUCGGAACCCGCCACGACCCAAACCGUUCAGCCAAGCGUACCAACCACUGGAGUUGUCUUCAGAGGUAGUUUCGACUUCAGUCAACUCCAGGGAGAUGGUGUGUCGGACAGCCAAAUACAGACCAACAUCAACUCACAAGGCGUCGAUGGCGAGAGGUAUAUGAGCACGGGAUCAAUGGAUAAUGCGCCAGAUACAGCCACAUCAAUACCACCACCACCGCCGAUGUUUGGGGCUCCACCGACGCAAGCACCCAUACAAACACCGCGAGAAUCCACACCGGCAGAGGCAGAGGGUGUGUACACACCCCCAGAGGCCGAUAGGCCAUCACAACAACAACCGGAAGAGUGGUUACACAGGACAUCGGUGGGUGAAUCUGAGGCAUGUGCAGCAGCUCAUGGCCAGACGCAUGGGUUAGCAAACACAGCAAAGCAAGCACCGACAAACGAACCCCCUGCCACUAUUCCUGGUACAAAUACCCCUGCCCCGGGGGUACCGGUGUUUCGGGGCAGUUUCGACUUCGAUGCAAUACAUCCAGAUGAUCCAGUGGACAGUGCUCAGCCCCCGCCAAUCCAAAAUGACCCAACGCCAGCAACUAUGACUCACGCAUCCCCAACAUCCAUGGCCUCGCACACACGUCCGCCUACACAAGCCGAGCCACCGUGGAAUCAAUCCGAACAAUCGCUUGCAAAUACGGAUGCGCAGUCUCCACAGGAGAAUGCCACAGUAGCGGAAAGGCAGCCACAAUCAGGCGUGCCGGUGUUCAGAGGGAGCUUCGACUUCAACAACAUGCAGCCGGAAAGUGGCGAGAAUGCGCCAGAAAGCACACAAGGGGGUGCGACACACUCUGACUCUGGCUACAUGACCCAGGCUACAGAGACCCAUAGAACUCACAGUGGUGCACAGGCUGACGGACAAGCACCUGCACAACCGGGUAUGCAGGGCUUCCCACAACAGCAGACACGGGCGACAAUGGGCCCACCUCCUAUGUUCUUGCCAGUGCAGGCUGGGAUACCAUCCAUGCCAUCAGCCGCACCACCUGUGCCACUGCAGACACCACGUCAAGAGGUCACCCCACAGCAGCAGCAAGGCAUGCCAAUGCCGGGGCAUCCGGACACCGCACAGGUGCCAGAUUUCUCUGCGCCACAUUCAGAACAGCCUGUAUCUGGCCAGAAUGAAGUAUCUCCGCCUCUACCUCAGCAGGCAGAGCAGACUCCAGCAUACCUAAAACAGCAGGUGCCGAGACCUGGCAUUCCUGUGUUCAGGGGCAGUUUCGAUUUCAGUGCCAUGCAACGUGACGAUGCGCAAGGGAGUGAUCCAGUGCAGAUACAGGGUGAGAGUGGUCCCAUAUCAGAGUCUGAGUACACCGCCGCGCAUGGCACCACGCUUGGCGGUCAACAGCAAGCCUUACCGGUGGUACAUAUGGCUCAGGUAGACCAGCAACAACAACAACAACAACAUCAGCAAGACCAACAACAACCACCACAACAGGGCUUAUCUGAGAGUCAGGCACAAGCGCAGAUGGGAAGUACAUCUCUCCCUGGGGUGGCUGCGUUCCGGGGCAGCUUAGACCUCAAUGCCAUGCGGGAGGAUAUGGAUAGCACUCCGACGACGGAUACACAUCCAGAACACACUUCGCAAACACACCCACAACCAGCGCAGCACCCGCCAGCGAGCACUAUAGGCCAACCCGUGUUUAGAGGCAGCUUUGAUUUCACACAGAUGCAAAACGAUACAGAUGCACCGGGAGAGUCGUCGCAAGCUGCUGCACCGACUCCGGAACCCUCUCAAGAACGAUCACAGUUUUACAACCCAAAUGCAUACACGGCUCCACAGCAGCCUUCGGCGUUUGAUGCAAUGGCUGCACCAGGAAAUACUAUCAACAACUACCAAUCAGAUGUACCCUACGACCAGGGUGUAGGUAUCAGCACCGUCCCGACUGGAAGAGGCAGCUUGAAUUUCAAUAAGAUGCAAAGUAACGAGGAUCCUCAAGCAGCCUUUUCACCGCCCGCUACGCACUGGUUCUAUAAGCACUAUGAAACGAAAGGCUGGACGGCCUUCUCGAUACUAGACAACGACGCGCUCGAGAAAGCCCACCACGAGAGUGUGGCAGCGUCAGCGAUAACGGGCGAUGUGGUGGUUCCUGUGAACGGUGGCAGGUACGACGCGUUUUUGUCUAAGCGUAAGAUGCAAGCUGUCUAUUGGAUGGAGGAUGCCAUGGAGAUUGCAAGGUGUUCGUGGAUGAAGAAGCACAUGAACGGUGCCAUGAAGCCUUACCCCGAGGAAGUCGGAGAGUUGCUUGAGAGAGAGUAUACACAAGCCUAUCGCACAGAUACUUGGAAUCGCAGGAUCGUCACACCUGCUGGCGAUCUGGUGGUUAUGUUCUCCCCCACCGUUGCGGUACAUUACAAUAAGUCAGAAGCGGCUGCCAUAGAAAUAUACGGGCAUCAGGACAACAGUGGAGAAUCACCUAAGGAGCCAUUCAUGGCUGUCAGGGGGUUCGAUUCCAUCGUAUUUGACGCGGGAGAGGGGCCCCCUGAUCAUUUAUAUCUGGUGGUACAUGGGAUUGGAAAUAAGGUGGAUCUGAAGCAACGAGAUCUGGUACAAGCUACGAGAAGCAUGCGUACGUCCUCUAGGAGACUGCGCAAAAAUGCACUAGAUGAAGGAGGCGAUCCUGUGCCGGUGGCAGAGUAUCUGCCAAUCAUGUGGCACUCCUCGCUACACUCAAACACAGGGGUGGAUGCGAAGAUAAAUGGUAUGUUGUCUCUAGCUGUACGUGAGAGUUGA